GCGGACCCGCCGCCUCAUUCCGCACGUGGCCUUCCCCAGCCGCCGGCCGCUAGUCCCCGGACCCCGCUGCUGCAGCCAUGGCUCCCGGCCAGCUCGCCCUAUUCAGUGUCUCUGACAAAACCGGCCUUGUGGAAUUUGCGAGAACCCUAACUUCUCUGGGUUUGAAUCUCAUUGCUUCCGGAGGGACUGCAAAAGCUCUCAGGGAUGCUGGGCUAGCCGUGAGAGAUGUCUCUGAUCUGACAGGAUUUCCUGAAAUGUUGGGGGGUCGUGUGAAAACUUUGCACCCUGCAGUCCAUGCAGGAAUCCUGGCUCGUAAUACCCCCGAAGAUAAUGCUGACAUGGCCAGACUUGAUUUCAGUCUUAUAAGAGUUGUUGUUUGCAACCUGUACCCCUUUGUGAAGACGGUGGCCUGUCCAGAUGUAACUGUUCAGGAGGCUGUUGAGCAAAUUGAUAUUGGUGGAGUAACCUUACUGAGAGCUGCAGCCAAAAACCAUGCUCGGGUGACAGUGGUGUGUGACCCAGAUGACUACGCGCCAGUGUCCACAGAGAUGCAGAGCUCCGAGAGUAAGGAUACCUCCCUGGAGACUAGACGCCAGCUAGCCUUGAAGGCAUUCACUCACACGGCACAGUAUGAUGAAGCAAUUUCAGAUUACUUCAGGAAACAGUACAGUAAAGGAAUAUCUCAGAUGCCCUUGAGGUAUGGAAUGAACCCUCAUCAGACUCCUGCCCAGCUGUACACGAUGAAGCCCGUGCUUCCCAUCACAGUUCUAAAUGGAGCCCCUGGAUUUAUAAACUUAUGUGAUGCUUUGAAUGCCUGGCAGCUGGUGAAGGAACUGAAAGAGGCAUUAGGCGUUCCAGCCGCUGCCUCUUUCAAACAUGUCAGCCCAGCAGGUGCAGCUGUUGGAAUUCCACUCAGUGAAGAUGAAGCCAAAGUCUGCAUGGUCUAUGAUCUCUGGGACACCCUCACUCCCAUAGCAACUGCAUAUGCACGAGCAAGAGGUGCUGAUAGGAUGUCUUCAUUUGGUGAUUUUGUUGCAUUAUCUGAUGUUUGUGAUGUACCAACUGCAAAAAUUAUAUCCAGAGAAGUAUCUGAUGGUAUUAUUGCCCCAGGAUAUGAAGAAGCAGCCUUGAAAAUACUUUCUAAAAAGAAAAGUGGAAACUACUGUGUGCUUCAGAUGGACCAGUCUUAUGAACCAGAUGAAAAUGAAAUUCGAACGCUCUUUGGUCUUCGUUUAAGCCAGAAGAGAAAUGAUGCUGUCAUCAACAAGUCAUUAUUUACCAAUGUUGUAACCAAGAAUAAACAUUUUUCGGAGUCUGCCAUCAGGGACCUCAUCGUGGCCACCGUUGCUGUCAAGUACACUCAGUCAAAUUCUGUGUGCUACGCCAAGAACGGGCAGGUCAUUGGCAUUGGAGCAGGUCAGCAGUCUCGGAUCCACUGCACACGCCUUGCAGGGGACAAGGCAAACUAUUGGUGGCUGAGACACCAUCCACGUGUGCUUUCAAUGAAGUUUAAACCAGGAGUGAAGAGAGCAGAAAUCUCCAAUGCCAUCGACCAAUAUGUGACUGGAACCAUUGGCGAGGAUGAAGAUUUGAUGAAGUGGAAGGCACUGUUUGAGGAGGUGCCUGAAUUACUAACUGAGGCCGAGAAGAAGGAAUGGAUUAACAAACUAAGUGACGUUUCUGUUAGCUCUGAUGCCUUCUUUCCUUUCAGGGAUAAUAUAGACAGAGCUAAAAGGAGCGGCGUGGCCUACAUCGCUGCUCCCUCCGGCUCUGCUGCUGACAAAGUCGUGACGGAGGCUUGUGAUGAACUGGGAAUAACCCUCGCUCACACGAAUGUCCGGCUUUUCCACCACUGAUUUCAUCACGGGUUGUUUUAUAGUUUGCAUAUGUGCAGGUGAAUUCAUGUGUACAAGUUCAAAAAUAACUUGGUUUAAAAAAUAAAUGCUAACUCUUAGUAUUUGGAUCCAUAGUU